CGACCGUAGAAGGAGAUGUCACUUAUUAGGUUUGCACUCGGGUUUGUGAAAAGUUAUCAAAGCUCAUUUAGCAACCAAGUCACCAACUUGAAACUGAGGAAUUGUCGGUGGGCGUUAAACCUCACUGGAUGCUAAAUUUUAGCGCUUUAGUGUGACACAGAAUGGCGUCAAAAGUUGUUUAUUCGCCCAGAGAUCCCAUGCUGAAGAAACGAGACGACUUUGUGGACGUUUUGGAGGAAAGGAGGCGUUCCAGCGACCUGAGAUAUGCCCUCAGAUGUUACUCCCCGGUUCUGUACAAAGGACCGACUACCAGCAAAGCCAGUGAGCUGAAGACGAUGGUGCUGCAGUCCGAUCAGCUGCAUUAUGUUGUCAAUCAGGUUUCCAGAGAGUCGGGCGUUCCUCUGGAUGACGUCCAGGCGGAGGCAUCGGUCAUCCUGGAGGAGAUGGCCCACCGCCUGCAGCUCAGCACCGUCCGCUUCUUCGCCUUCACCCUCAGUAAAGUCUUCAAGGCGAUAUUCAGGAGCAUCUGCGUCAACGAGGAGGGCGUGCAGAGGCUUCAACAGGUCGUACAGGAACACCCGGUGGUUCUGUUGCCGAGUCACCGCAGCUACAUGGACUUCCUGUUGAUGUCGUACCUCAUGUACACCUACGACCUGCCUCUGCCAGCCAUUGCUGCUGGCAUGGACUUCAUGGGGAUGAAGGUCGUUGGCGAGAUGCUGCGAAUGUCCGGAGCCUUCUUCAUUCGCCGCUCAUUCGGCGGGGAUAAGCUCUACUGGGCCGUCUUCAGCGAGUAUGUCAAAACCAUGCUGAGGAACGGAUUUGCACCACUAGAGUUUUUUCUGGAGGGAACCAGAAGCCGAACGUCAAAGUCUUUGACUCCAAAGUUGGGCCUGUUGAAUAUAGCCAUGGAUCCAUUUCUGAAGGGCGAAGUGUUCGACGUGAGCCUGGUUCCUGUCAGCAUCAGCUAUGAGAGGGUCCUGGAGGAGACGCUGUACGCCAGAGAGCUGCUGGGUGUCCCCAAACCCAAAGAGUCCACCUCAGGUCUGUUCAAAGCCAGGAGAGUCCUCAGCGAGGACUACGGCAGCAUCCACGUCUACUUCGGCCCGCCUGUGUCCGUCCGGUCUCUGGCCGAGGGCCGAGUGAACCGCAGUCAGUUCAGCCUGACCCCGAGGCACAUCCCCCGGAGGCCCAGUGAGGACGUUCACAGCUUUGUCAACGAUGCCGCCUACAGGCUGGUUCGAGCGCAGGAGGAGAACAUGGUCCUGAAGCCCUGGGUCCUCCUGGCCUCCCUGCUGCUCCAGAACCAGGCUGCGGGGCAGAACCGGGGGGUUCCUCUGGACGAGCUGAUCCAACAAGCUGUGUGGCUCCGGGAUCUGUGUCGGCAGUUUGGAGCCUUCCUACACUGGCCAGACCACAUUCCUUCCUCUGAGGUGGUCUCCUCCAGUCUUUCCCUCCAUGGGGGUCUUGUGAGGGUCUCUGAGGACAGAGUCUACCUGGCUUUGGAACAAGAACCUCACUGCAGCCUCACAGCGGAGGAGGAGCUCUUGAGCCAGGCAGUAGUGGUGCUCUCCUGCGCCUCCUACAGGAACCAGGUGCUGCACGUUUUCUUGCGACCGGCGCUGCUGGCGGCAGCCAUCCACACGGCGUCUUCCUCGCAGAAACAGGAGGUCUACAGCAGCUUCCUGUUUCUGAGAAACAUGUUCUCCAACGAGUUCAUCCUCUGUCCCGGUGCCGCAGUGCAGGACUUUGAGGAGGCGUGUUACCUUCUGACCAAAGUCGGCGCUCUUCACAUAAACCAGCACAAGGUUCUGACGGCGGAGAGAGGACACAGAACCCUGGCCUUCCUCACCAGCAUUUUGGAUCCAUUUCUGCAGGGGUACCAGAUGGUCUGCAGCUUCCUGUGUGAAGACGCCACACAAGCUCUGACUGAAAGACGGUUUGUUCCAGCUGUCCAGGCGUUUAUCAUCAAACAUCUUCUCAAAGGCAGACUGAGGUACCCUGAGGUGUUAUCGUCAGACCUGCAGAGGAACGCUCUGGCAGCUUUGCUGAGACUUGGAGCGGUGCAAAAAGUUCAAGGGGGGGAGGAGUCUGGCACUCUGAAGGUCAACCGCAUAAUGCUGAACUCCCUGGAGGACACUCUGGGAGGAAGACUCUCCACGCAGAAGGCUCUGCGAGCUCACCUGUAGCUGCCACCUCACAGGCCGAGGAGAACGCCACUCAAAUCUUUGCUUCUUCCCUUUUUUUCAAAUACUUUUUUUAACCUAAAGCAGAAUUUUCUAAAACUAAGAGCUUUCUUCAGAAAUGCUGGUUUACUCUUUUACUUCUCUGUCUGACUUUGGUUUGUGGUUUUUUGCACUUUAUUCUUUUAACUCGCUGCUUGUUUCUCGGUUUGAGGCAAAUAAUUGAGGUCUGUUGCCAACAAACUGCAGAUGAAUGGAAUACACUGGAGGAACAGUUACCGCCUAAAUGCCAAACUGAUAUAUUUCUUUGCAAAUCUGUUUCUCAUAUUGUAAGAAGUUAACAUUGAUAUUGUUUAUACUUAUUUUGUACUCACAGGAAGUAUAUUGUGCAGCAUUUCUGUGACUGAUCAAAUGUCUCUGAAUGAGGGAUUUUAACACUCAGGUUUUCUCAGUGAAGUUUCCAGAAUUUGUUUAAAACGUGUAAAUGGAGGUUAUUUUUCUGAGGAUUUUUGCUGUUAACUGAACAGAUGGAAGUGUUCUGAAGCAAAUGGCUUGGAGAAAGAACAAUUUUUCCAAAGAAAUUCCUGCAAAAAGCAAUUUUUAUGAAUCCCAAAAAAUGUAAACCUAUUCAACUUUAUGUUGAUGACUUUAUAAUGUUUCUUAACAUUUAUUCAGACGUAGGAGACGGAACAGGUUCCCUUCAUGGUACUUUAUUUGCAUAAAUAUGGGCUGAAUAUCACAUCUGAUUUUGAUUCCUGAUCAUUGAAAAUGAACUAAAACCUCAUAAAUUCCGAUGGAGAUAUUUGUAAAGAAAGCGGUAUUAAAUGUUCCAGAAUGCACAGAUCUACUGGUGAACGCAUGGCCAGUGUUCAGGUUUGCUUUGACUUGUUUUUGUGUGUGAAUGUGUGCCUUUAAUUGUUCAGGUUCUGAGGCCUUUUUAUGUUUAAUUUGGAGAAAAGCAAAUGUGUGUUAAUAAAAAUGGUUUGCAAUAAU